AUGAGUUCAAUGAGUGUACAUUCUCUCAUCGACAAGUACACCAAUACAGACGAGAGACCGGUGGUACCCCGUUCACGAAGCGGUCCACCGGUGCUGGAGCUUAACAAGGAACGAUUGGAUAAGUAUCAUCUGAAGGAUGUUAAUAGACCAGACAUAGAGUCUACCCACAGCCAGACCGCGCCACCCAACCCAUCCAUCAACACCCCUUCACAGACCACAGAUCCAGCCCUAUUGGCACUUUUGGGUCCCAAUAUCACAUCAUUCCCCUGGAGCGAAUCUGCGUUCGUAGAAGCCCUCCGGCUUCGAGCGGAGGAGGAACGAACGAAACAGGAACAGAUUCGUCUCGAGAUCGCUUCCAAGAACCUUGCCAUUAUUAACAAGGCCAUUGAACACGAAGUACCUGCUCAUAUGAUUCCAUCCAUGUGCGUUGCACCUAUUCCAGAGGGCGCUAUCCCGCAGCGGUACAUUUCACUGCAAUCACCGCAAUUGCCCGUGUACUCACAAUUGGGAAGACGCAAUUAUCCCUCUGGUGACUAUUCAAACAUUUCUAUGGGCUACCCUGGUGGGAACCCAGGCAUGAUAGUCCCCCCUGGGACUGCUGGACCGCAGCACGGACUUCAAGUUCAGCCAACACAAACUAAUCAUCUUCGUCAACCUGGCGCCCCAAAUAUCACCGUGACCACCACAGGCGUUGGUCCUCAUCAGCAAUCUCCAUUUCUUGCACCUUCCCCAUCAUUUGGUCGCAAUUAUGAUACCCUGGACAAUGCUAGCUCUGUUGCGCCGAUCAAUUACCGAUUUGGAAGUGGGUCGAAAGCUCCACCCCCACCACACAACCGCCGACCUUUAUCGCCAGCAAAAUUGGGCGCGGCAGCUGUUGCGAACUUAGCAAACCCUGUAACUCCUUACAGGCCUUCGCAGCGUACUCUACCUACACAUCAACGGCAUUUCUCUAUGCCAGCAGAGACGCUGUCGUCACCACAACGGACUCUGGAACGUACAAGAAACCGGAAUUCCCAGAAUGUCCAGCUUCAGUCGCCUCUCGGAGCUACAUCUUCGAUUCAGGUGCGCCCAUCGCCGGCACAACCUCUCAACAAGCAGACGAAGAAUAGUCAGAUUCCAUCACAAGAGUCAAUGACUUCGCAUCAACAUAUUAUCCAGUUCCACCACUGGAAACCUGAAAAUCCCGGUGAAAGUGAAAUUGGCUCUGUUUCAUCAGGUUCUCUGGCUCGUGGCCUGUUCUCUCACAAACGGCACAAGUCUAAUGAUAUGUCUGUUGACCUCCUGCUGACUAACGAAUAUAUCGGAUCGUCGGCCAUGCCUCCAUCUUCAAUAAAACGAGAGCAUGAAGCAGACGUCUCAAUGGAUACAAGUGAUGUUACUAUUACUGAGAAAGAGGCCGCCAGUGAGCCUUCUCAGACUUCCACGGGAAAAUUUCCUCAUGAUAUUCUACUGACUAAUCGCUAG